GAUGGAGUAGGAGGUAGUACUAGUUCAACCUGUAUUUAAACUUCCCACUGAUCCAAUAAAAUAAAAGGAGGGGGAGAGAGAUCCCUUUGUCAACGAGAAGAAUCUGUAUUUCUCGAGAAAAAUCUUGUUCAAUCCGGAGAUGGGUUUGUUAGAAUCUGUGAAAUCGAUCAAGUGGGAACUCGAGUCACCUCCGGUUUACCAGGAUUUUCGUCUUCUUCCUCUCUUCGCUGUGCUCUUCCCUUCGAUUCGGUUCCUCCUCGAUAGAUUCGUCUUCGAGAAAUUGGCAAAACAUUUGAUAUAUGGGAAACAGAGACAGAAUAUUGGGGAUGAUGCAACCGAGAGACGCAAGAAAAUCAGGAAAUUCAAAGAAUCAGCCUGGAAGUGUGUUUACUAUCUGUCAGCUGAGAUUCUUGCUCUUUCUGUGACUUACAAUGAACCUUGGUUUAUGAACACUAAAUACUUUUGGGUUGGCCCUGGAGAUCAGUCCUGGCCUAAUCAACAAACCAAGUUAAAGUUGAAGCUUUUGUAUAUGUUUGUGGCUGGAUUCUAUACAUACUCAAUCUUUGCUCUCAUCUUCUGGGAAACAAGACGUUCUGAUUUUGGAGUUUCAAUGGGUCAUCAUAUCGCUACUCUUAUUCUUAUUGUCCUCUCAUACGUAUGUAGCUUCUCUCGUGUUGGUUCGGUUGUUCUGGCACUUCAUGAUGCAAGUGAUGUGUUUCUUGAAGUUGGGAAAAUGUCUAAAUAUAGUGGAGCCGAAGGAAUCGCAAGCUUUUCAUUCAUUCUUUUCGUUUUGUCUUGGAUCAUUCUUCGCCUCAUUUACUAUCCCUUUUGGAUCCUAUGGAGCACAAGCUAUGAAGUAGUUUUAGAACUAGAUAAGGACAAGCACCCGGUUGAAGGACCUAUUUACUACUACAUGUUCAACACUCUUCUUUAUUGUUUGCUUGUUCUCCACAUUUAUUGGUGGGUUUUGAUGUAUCGGAUGCUUGUGAAACAAAUACAAGAUAGAGGCAAACUCAGUGAAGAUGUCAGAUCCGAUUCUGAAGGGGAAGAUGAGCAUGAGGAUUGAUUGAUAUACAAAGGUAUGAGGAGCUUAUGAAAUGUAAAAUUUUGGCAUAUCCUCUUUAACAAUAUUAGAUUCUUUUGUUUGGUGUAUGUGGUUCUGAUCACUGAUGGAUGUUUGAGAGUAGAGACUGAGUCUUCAAUCCCAACACUGGACCAGCUCAUGGACAUAAUGGAUUAAGCAUCUCUCAUUCUACCGAUUUGGAAAUUGUUAAAUUGUAAUUCUGUUAAAUUGUAAAUUGAACAUAUUAAAUAUCUGCUUUUACUGUAUUAUAUUGUAUUGUUACCAUUGUAAUUAUUUAUAGUUUUGGAUCA